GUGGGCGAACUGCCAACUACAAGAAACGUCAGCUUUGUUGUCAACUUCACUUUUCGCCGUACUUAGCACCCUAUUUGAGCUUUUAUAAAUGUUUAGCACAUAGAGGACAGCGCAAACGCAUUAUCAUUCUUACCAAAUCAAAAGCAAGAUGUCAGGGAAAAGUCAGAGCGACGAAUCUGUAGUUAUACGAAGUCUCAGACAUUUCCGAGAGAAGUACUUCAAUGCAAGGAAAAACGUCAGUGAUCAGGCGCAUGCAGCAGAAGUCACCAGUGAAGAUGCACCGCCGGGCUUUUUGGACUGUUUACCCGUGGACCUACAGUUCCUGAUCAUGACCCUGCUGUCUCCUGUGGACCUCUGUCGUCUGGGGGCCACUAGUAGCUACUGGAGGGCUAUGGUCAGAGACCCCUUACUAUGGAGAUACUUUCUGGUCAGGGACAUGCCUAAAUGGUCCACCAUCAACCAUGUGACCAUGCCCCGGUUAGAGGCCUUACACACCCCUCUGUGUGGGGGGGAGAAGGAGAUGGAGGAGCCAGGUCAUGACUUCAUGACAGAUUAUCUAAAGGGCUACCCAGCCUGCAGACAGCAAUGGUUUCCCCAGAGGCCGCCAUACAGCGUUGUGACUUCCUUCCUCCAGUCGCUGGUGCCCACCGCCACUGAGCCGCGCUACGCCAUGUUUGGCCCCGGCAUGGAACAGCUGGAUGUCUCCAUGGUGACCAAGCUCAUGCACACCCCAGAUGUGCUCCUUGUAGCAGGGAUACCCCAGAGACAGAUCAAUGGUAUUGGAUCUGGGAUUAGUUACGUGUACAAAAACCAGCACAAAUUCAACAUUCUGACUCUCUACUCAACCAACAGGGCAGAGAGGGAGAGAGCCCGCAUGGAACAGCAGAGUGUCAGCAACAAACUCUUCAUCCAGGAGGGAAGGGACCAAUCAGGACACCCACAUUUUAGCCCCACCCCUCAGGUCCAGGAAGUGUGUCAGGCGGUGGAUGGGUUCAUUUAUGUGGCCAACGCAGAGCCAGGAAGAGGUGAUGAUGGGGAGGUGGAGUGGGCUCAGAUCCAGGCGUUGGUGGACCCUGCCUUAGGCUCAUCCUCCAGACCCCUCCUGGUCCUGUCCUGUGUGUCCAGAGAGGAACCAGACCAGAUCAGAACCACCAGCUCCAAUAGUACCAGAACCCCCUGUGUGGAUAUGGCUCAGAGACUCUGCCUGCCCAUGUUGCCCAACCCCUGGAUGGUUCAGGACACAGUAGCAGAGUCUCUGUCUGGUGUCUUAGAUGGGAUCUCCUGGCUGCUGGGGUGUUCUGGUCUCAGGCUGUAACUACCUGUCCAAGGAAAAACCUUCAGGACCGAAACAACACACUAAAGAACCGGCACAAAUGCUUCUGAAGGAAUGUUUUCCCUCUGAUGUGCCUUGUUUCAAUGAAUCACAUAAAACAAGUUAUUAUUGGGUAAAUAAUACAGUGUAUUGUUUUUUGCCAAUAGUGGGUUGUACACAAAUAAAACAUACGUUUUAACUGUAGCUAUGGUACUGUAAUUAAUAUUACAAAGAUUAAUGAAUGGUUUUGAUAUUACUACUACUGUGUAUUUUAGAAUCGUAUUGAAUUAUAUUUUUUUGUACCUUUUUAUUUAGGGAAAUCAUGCAGUUAUUCAUCUGUUUCUUUCAUAUAAUUGAUGGAAUUGUAUACUACGAAAUGUGCAUUGUUUUAUUUUCUUUAAUUAUUCAUAUGGUUAUUUACCCCUCUAUAAGUUGUUAUAAGGGAACUGAAAAUACAUGCAUGUGUAUGUACCUCAGUGAAGUGUUGUUUCUUUCAGGACUGUGAGUUUGGAGUACAUGUGGAAUAGUCCACUGUUUACCAAAUGGUGUGCUGUGGCCGAUUUUGUUUUUGGUUGUUGUUAAAGACCACGUUUUGUUUAUUCAUUGUGUCAAAGUAGAAUUCCAAAAGCUUUUGGUGGGUCACAGCACAGAAACAUUGGUGAGCUGAAUGUGUGGAACAGACAGGCAUUUGCUCUGUAGUUCAUCUUAUUUGUCUAAAGUGGCUUCCAACCCUUUUAAUUUCUUCCUUUAUCUGCACCAAUGUGUAUAUAUAUAUAUAUAUAUAUAUAUAUACUAUAUAAUUCAAAAGUUUGGGGUCACUUAGAAAUGUCCUUGUUUUUGAAAGAAAAGCAUUUUUUUUUGUCAAUUAAAAUAAUAUCAAAUUGAUCAGAAAUACAGUAUAGACAUUGUUAAUGUUGUAAAUGACUAUUGUAGCUGGAAAUGGCAGAUUUUUAAUGGAAUAUCUACAUAGGCAUACAAAGGCCCAUUAUCAGCAACCAUCACUCCUGUGUUCCAACGGCACGUUAUGUUAGCUAAUCAAAGUUGAUCAUUUUUAAAGGCUAAUUGAUCAUUAGAAAACCAUUUUGCAAUUAUGUUAGCACAGCUGAAAACGGUUGUUUUGAUUAAAGAAGGAAUAAAACUGUCCUUUAGACUAGUUGAGAAUCUGGAGCAUCAGCAUUGUGGCAAAAUGGCUUAAGGACAACAAAGUCAAGGUACUGGAGUGGCCAUUACAAAGCACUUACCUCAAUCCUAUAGAAACUUUGUGGGCAGAACUGAAAAAGCGUGUGUGAGCAAGGAGGCCUAAACACCUCACUCAGUUACACCAGCUCUGCCAGGAGGAAUGGGCCAAUAUUCACCCAACUUAUUGUGGGAAGUUUGUGGAAGGCUCCCCGAAGUUAAACAAUUUCACUCAAUUAGAUUGUUUAUGUAAACUUCUAUCCCACUGGGAAUGUGAUUAAAGAAAUAAAAGCUGAAAUAAAUCA